AGGUUCAUAUUUUGACAUCGAUUGUUACCAAACAAAAACAACUACAACAACCAUCUAUUGUUCUUGUAUUGGUGACCAUUGCUGAGUUGUGUGCGAACGAAGGAAUUGAGAAUUGAAAUUUUGCGGAAAAAGGGACAUAAGUGUGUGCGAGUGAAUAGUUUUAUUUAAUUACUUAAUGAAAUUUCAGUGCAAUUGCAAAACAAAUGAAAGCUGCAAAUAGUCCAUGGAACAAACAAACAAUUUCGUCACAAAGUGAAUGAAAGUGUGCAGACAGUGUUUGCCUAUGGAAAGAGGAUUGUGCUGAGUUAUUGUUGCUAAAGAAGAAGAAAUCUCAAGUGUAUGUUAAUCAAGCAGCAGUUGGAUUUUUUUCGUCUUAUUUCUUAACAUAGUCUCAUCGCACAUCUCAGCUGGAAGCAAAUAAAUAUUCAAGUACUAAAAAUCUGCCAGAAUUACUAGGCCUAUAGGCAAAUAGAUUUGGAAAAGUCAUAUUGCUGCGUAACAAAGGAAAUCUAUUCGUUGAAGAAAUUGUGAAUUACAAGACGCAUUAAGUGUUGGUGAAGUGCGAACGGUGAUAGUUGCAAGUGGAAAUUAUUUUUCAAACUUUUCUCCUCCCCCUCGCCUCCCCCCUCAGUUGAAAAAACACUCGACGCGUUCACUCUAUAAACACUGCAAACUCAUUAUUGUCUGUCUGUCUGACUGACUUAAAGAAACGAAGGCAAGGAAGGCAACACAAUGUCUGAAAACAAAGACGAAAUAUUAGCAAAUUUUCAGAGUAUAACGGGCAUAGAUGAUGUCGGUGAGGCUUUUUCCCAUUUGGAGGAAUGUGACUGGGAUUUGAUGGCUGCUAUUCAACGUGUUAUACCUCAGGAAGACCAAACACCCCCGGCGGCAGCAGCAGCUUCAACACCUCCCCUGAGGAUGGACAACAGUUUUGCUUCGUCAAUGCGCCACGCAACGAGUAGUUCAACAUCAGCUUUAAAUAAUUUCUCACUGGCUCCAGGUCCAUCAAAGAAUUGUCCGCGAUGGCUGAAGAACGCUUCAGCAAAUAAUUUGGGUAGUUCAGCGGCUGAAAGCGCAUUUGUACCAGUUGCUUCAACAUCUGCUGAUGCUGACAUAAUCGAUCUCACUUCAGAUAUGGAUUUAGCCGAAAAUCGGACAUCAACUUCUGCAGCAUCGCCAUCGUCGUCAGCCAUAAAGACGAUUACAUUCAACAUACACUUUGACCAACAAAUCUAUGAUAUACGACUGCCCUCCAAUGCCACCAUAGAACAAUUGAAGAAGAAAGUACACGAUGCUACUGGAGUUCCAAUAUGUCGCCAAGCAAUACGCGGCUGGCCGCCUGCUAAAUUACAUGAUGCUCAAAUACCAACAACUCAAUUAUCGGUCUUAGGUUUAUCGGGUGAGAACGAAUUAAUUUUAAUCGAUUUAACAGAGGAAGGCUACAUGGACUUUGAAAAUGAUGAAGUCUCCAGUCGUUUGGAGAAAAAUUUUGUACUUACAAUUGUUCAACAACCGAAUGGCAUACGACAUGAGUUGAGUUUUUCCGGUCGUACCACGGUGCAAGAGGUCAAAACAAAUGUCUACUAUGUUACCGACAUACAGGUCAGGCAUCAAGAAUGGACUGGAUGGCCUCACGGCUGCGAUAACGAUACCACAUUGGCGCAAUCUGGCAUACAAUUGGCUCAUAACUUCAUAUUACAUAAUGCUGCUGAUAAAAUACGCAAUAACACUAACAACUCAUCUUCCACAACCCGAAGUUCCAAUGCAUUAGGACUUGAUACCGAUAGUUCGGCGGAUGAAUUUGAGGAUGCUUCUGAUUUUAAUGCCAGCGAAGAAUUCUUCACCGAUCCAGUACCAGUACAACCGACAACAAGAUAUUUAAUUCCAAAUAACACGGACAAUGAAAUAACCGGAUCUCUAAAGUUUAUUGAAAACUACAAGCAAAGAUUUGGAGAACCAUGCCCCAUGUUCCAUCCAGGUAGCCUGGAAGAUGCCAUUAAGGAAGCAUGUCACAAACCAGCUAGAGAACGUAAAUUACUGGCCAUCUACUUGCAUCACGGAGAAAGUAUUCUGACAAAUGUAUUUUGCGAUCGUCUUAUGAAGCAUGAAAAUAUUUUACAACAAUUUGCCGAACAUUUUAUUAUAUAUGGGUGGGAUCUAACACACGAAAGUAAUAAACAUUUAUUUUUAUCCUCUGUCACGGCUUGUAUUAGCAAUACCGCUUCAAUUACGGUUCGUAAUAUUUCAAUAGAUAAGCUACCAUCUAUAUUGGUGAUUGGCAAAAGCCGUCUCUCUGGUCGCUCCUCAUGCGAAGUUUUAUCUGUGAUCCAUGGCAAUGUUGAUUUAGAUGAUCUUUUGUCACGCCUCUGGGAAUCAGUUGAUAUGUACAACGAUCAUUUAAAAGUUGAAAUAGCGGAAGAAGAUGCUCGUGCUGCUCGCGAUCAAGUGAAAGCCGAACAGGAUAUGGCCUAUGAGCAAACUCUGCAAGCGGACAUUGCCAAAGAAGCUGCAAAACGUCAAAAGGAGGCUGCAAUAGCUGCUGAACGUCAACGUUUGGAAUCCGAAAAGGCUGAAGAAGAAGCCAGACGUGAAUCUAUAAGAUUAGUGGCCGAGCAAUCACUACCCAAAGAACCUUUGGAAACUGAAGCCAACAUUUCAAAAAUUCGGGUACGCAAACCAACGGGAGACUUUUUGGAACGCCGAUUCUAUGCCAACAAUACCUUGCAGGAUUUACUAAAUUUUGUGGCGUCUAAUGGUUUCCUUAUCGAUGAAUACAAAAUUAUUUCCAGUUGGCCACGUCGUGACUUGACGGCCAUCGAUUGCAAUCAGACAUUGCAAGCAUUAAAAUUGUAUCCUCAAGAGACAGUGAUCUUGGAAGAACGAUGAUUUUAAACUCAUACAUACGAUAAACAUAAACAUAAACAAAACAUAAAACAACAAAUAAAUUAUUAAGUCUCCUACAAGAGAAAAACAAGAGAAAAAUAUACAAAGCAAAACAAACACUUCUUACUUUUCGCUUUAAGAUCAAGAUCAAGAAUCACCAGCUCAUCUCUUUCCCUCCUUCUCUGUACUAUAUACACUCAGCACUACAUUUUGCCUACAUACAUAAAUUUUUAUUUUGGAUCCUUUUUUAACUUUCCACAACCUACUUGCCAUGUAUAUCUUCGACCGACCUAUCAUGUGAAAAAUGACUCCAAUGCUAAGCUAAUAAAUCAUACAUCAUGAACAUUUUCUUGCAGAGAAGUCGUUCGAUGAAAAAAAUCAACUCAACAUAGGAACCAUAAUACGAAAAUAAAAACAAACCAAAAUUGAAUAUACAUAUAUAAAAGUA